AUGGCUCCGAGGUCUAUUCGCAAGGAUGAUGUUGAAAUCGCGGAUCAGCCUUCUCAUGUCGAAAGCGUCCCGAAAGGUUCCCAUGUCGCAGAGAUCGGGACCUUUCGCGUUGUUGGCCUGACCCCAGAUGAUGAGGCAUUUUAUACCAGCUUCUCAGAGGAGAGUAGAAAGAAGGUCUUUCGCAAGGUGGAUAUUCGCCUGAUCCCCAUGUUGGCCGUACUGUACUUGAUCAGCCAUAUUGAUCGUGCCAACAUCGGGAAUGCCAAAAUUGAAGGCAUGGUUGAAGAUUUGGGCAUGACGGGGGUUCAGUAUAACACUGUCCUUUCGAUUUUUUUCGUUCCCUACGUGCUACUCGAAGUUCCCAGCAACAUUAUUCUGAAGACAUUCAAACGCCCUUCCACAUACCUUGGCAUGCUCGUCCUUAGCUGGGGUAUUAUCAUGACCUGCACUGGCCUGGUCAAGAACUUUGCUGGUCUUAUGACUACUCGAGUUCUUCUGGGUAUCUUCGAGGCUGGUUUCUUUCCGGGAGCGAUUUAUCUUUGUUCCUAUUGGUACAUGCCCAAGGAUCUGGCUCUCCGGAUUUCAUAUUUCUACUGUGCUAGUGCGCUGUCUGGUGCCUUCUCUGGCCUGCUAGCCGCCGCCAUUGCUCUAAUGGACGGUGUUGGAGGUCUGGAAGGAUGGCGGUGGAUUUUCGUCUUGGAGGGCCUUGCUAGUGUGGUCUUGGGUGUUAUGUGUUUCUUCCUCCUCAUCGACACACCCUGCCUUUCCACGCGUUGGUUAUCUGCUGAAGAAAUCAGAUACCUCGAACUUUCCAUGUUCAUCAAACAAGGAGGCACUAGCACCGAGGAGACUGGCUUCAAGUGGAGAGACCUGAAGAAGGUGCUCCGGAACUGGAGGAUUUAUGUCCAGGCUUAUUUCUUGCUCUGCCAGUCAGCCUUGUCUUACGGUAAGAUAAUUUCCGACUGUAUGAUCGGCAUUCUGAUUGAUGCUCAUCCGUAUGUACGAUCAGGUACCAAGUUUACCCUCCCAACCAUUACCAAGGCAAUGGGCUUCAGCAAUACCAACGCUCAACUUACCUCUGCCCCUCCAUAUGUUGCCGCUGCAAUCUCGGCUAUCAUCUUUGCGCGACUAUCCGAUCGCUUUUACUGGCGAAUGCCUUUUGUGGCCAUCCCAAUGGUCAUUGUCUCUGUCGCGUACGCCAUCAUCCUGUCGCUGAAUGGAGCCCUGGAAGCAAGGAAAGGAGUGGCCUAUUUCGCGGUCGUUCUCGCCGUCAUUGGUAUCUACCCCAUUCAAGCGGCUGCCGCUUCUUGGAAUGCGAAUAAUAUUGCUCCCUCGUCACGACGGGCUAUCGGUAUUGCCCUCAUGAAUUGUGUUGGUAAUAUCGGCGGCAUCAUCGGUAGCUUCAUGUACAUCGAGAGUGAGAAGCCCAAAUACCACACAGGCUUUGGACUCAGUCUCGCCUUUGGUGGAGUUGGACUAUUUGUCGCUCUUUUCCUCGAGUGGAGCUACAAGAGGGGCAAUGAAAAGAAGGCCCAGUUGGCCGACGACGCAAGAGUUAGGUAUACCGAGGACGAGCUGUUUGACAUGGGAGAUAAGUCUCCACUAUUCAAAUAUGUCCUGUAA